AUGGACACCCGGACAGGGUUACAAUCCAUUACCUCUCCGGAAGGGCAGGGAUGCCUGGCCACCCGCGAAGCCAUCAAGGUCACUCCCCUCGGCGAGAGCACUGGUGUAGUGUACCUGAUCUGUGCGCUGUUGGGGACCUGCCCACGCCUCUCGGGGCCUCUAGUGUACUGCCCUGGCCAACCACAAGUCCCCGUGCUGCGACUUUAUCAAAAGAGAGCAAGAGGCAUUAAGAGACGCAUCUCAGUCGAGACAAGGUACGCUCUGACACCUUUCAACGCCUGUCGCACGGCAUCCUCAUCGUCGUUGAUUCACGAUGUUGCAAGGAAUCUUUGA